AGACGUAUUUCUGAUAUUGACAAGUGUGGACGCUUCGUGUUUGUAGACUGUCUGGCUGUGAACGGUUAGCCUUUUAAUAUUUAUAUUUAUGUAGACGCUCAUAAAAUACAAUAUAGUCGCAGCUAAUUAAAUUGCUAAUAUGAGCGCUGUUGUUGAAAAUACAGGGCCGUUUAUUGGCAUACGACAUUUGCAGGCAGCUUUGCUCUUCGUGGCCAUUGUUGUCAAUUAUAUUGCGCGGCUCAAUGUCAGCGUUGCUGUUGUGGCCAUGACGAAUGCGGAAUCCUCCAAUCCGGAUUUCCCGGAAUAUGAUUGGACGGAGGCGCAAAAAUCGUAUAUACUCUCCAGCUUCUACUGGGGCUAUAUAUUGACCCAGUUCCCCGCAGGUUUUCUGGUGCGUCGCUUUGGCGCCAAGAUCGUGCUUUUCAUACCCACCUGUGCCACAGCGGUGCUGAGCGCCCUGACGCCCUACUUCAUCAGCUGGGGCGGCUGGGUGGCGUUUAGUGUGCUGCGCAUCAUGAUGGGUCUGUUCCAGGGCCUAAUAUUUCCCUGUAUACACGAGCAUUUGGCGAAAUGGUCGCCGCCAAAGGAUCGAAAUCGUUUGGGCGUAUUUGCCUACUCGGGAUCCGAUUGUGGCUCCGUUUUUGCCAUGGGCUUAAGUGGACUAAUUGCGCAUAGCUCCCUGGGCUGGCCGGGUAUAUCGUACGUUUCGGCGGGUCUGUGCGGCAUUUGGUGUGUGCUCUGGUUGCUCUUUGGGGCAAACAAUGCUCCCGACUCACGUUUAGUUGGCCAACUGGAGCGUGAUUACAUUGAGCGUUCCAUGCGGCGCAAUGAUGGCUUUCACGAACAGAAGAUACCCGUACCGUGGCGUGCGAUUUGGACAUCUGUGCCGUUCUACGCACUGCUGAUAGUGCGCAGUGCCCAGGGCUGGGCAAACUCAACAAUGCAGCUGCAGACGCCCGCCUAUAUGCACGGCGUACUGGAGAUGGAUAUUAAGAGUAAUGCGUUAUAUUCGGCACUGCCAUUCCUGGCCAUGUGGUGCAUGUCGUAUGUGUAUCUAGUGUUUGCGGAUAUCGCUAUGUCGAGGCAAUGGAUGUCGCUGACAACGUUGCGCAAGUCCAUCAAUACGAUAUCUUAUUGGGGGCCGGCAGCGGCACUGAUUGGCAUUGGUUUUCUGGACAAGAGCCAGACGGAGUUGGCCAUUGCGCUGAUGACCAUCAAUGCGGGCUUGAAUGCGGGCUCCGGCAUUGGCAGCAUUCUAACCAUCAUCGAUAUGUCGCCAAACCAUUCGGGCAUGCUUAUGGCCAUCGUGAACGGAGUUGGCAAUAUUUUUCCAUUGCUAACGCCGCUCCUGGUGGGCGUAAUUGUCACCGAACCCUCUUCGCGCAGCCAAUGGCAAAUUGUGUUCGCAUUAACAGCCAUCGUUUUCUUCAUUGGCAACUUGGUGUACAUCAUUUGGGGCACGACUGACCAGCAGCCCUGGGAUGCAGCGGACUUCCUCAAGCCGCACGAUGCCGAACACAGUCAGAAUAUGCUGACAAUGAAGUGCGACAAAGAAAAAGUAACUGAAAUGAAAACGGAAUAGGAAAUUUAUUGAAAUAUCGAACAAACAAGCGAGAUUAGCUCUAAGUAGAAAUUAAGCAACAACUAAAUAUGCCGUUUAGCAUGCGGCGUAUACGCCAUGUAUAUAUAUAUGUAAAUAAUAAGUAUAUAUCCGGCAUUGCGUGGACCACAAUGUGGUUAGACAUUGAUUAUACCGAAUUGUAGGCAUUUCUGUUGGCCAGCGACCGCGGCGAUGAUUUUAAUUAAAAAUUCUUAAAACGUU